GCUCGACAUACUUGUCGUCGUCGUCGUCGUCGUCGUCGUCAUCGUCGUCGUCGUCGUCAUCGUCAUCGUCAUCGUCAUUCUCGCCUCCGCAACAAUCGCUUUCGAGAAUCUUUUGAUUGGAGCAGCUGGGUUAUGACGAAUGAUCGACGGACGAUCGUCUCGAGCUCCGAGUCGUCGUCUCAAUUUUCGCAACAAGAGACCGUUCAGUUGACGGAAUUGUUGCCGGUAGAGCAAUCGAGGAUCAAACUCAUUCCUGAUUACACGGAUCAAGAGACCACCGAUGGCUUACGAGCUCUGAGGAGUUUCGCGGUUCGCGGUGAACACCAGGAUUUUUUACCAGAGCGCCGAUUUGAUUCCUUUCGUAAAAUCGAAGUGUCCGUAUGCGCAACAACCACGCCGGAACAGCCCUCCCAUCCGUAUCUGAGGGAAAAAAAAACACGUCUCCACUCUGAUUACACAAUAAUGACGAAUGGAAACGUUGUGAGAAGCGGUGGCGGCGUCGACAAUGACGACGAUAACGACGACGACGACGACGACGACGACAACGACGACGACGACGACGACGACGACAACGACGACGACGUCUCCUUACAAAAUAAUGAAAAGAGAAGAAAGAUUAACGGUGAUGAUGAUGAUGACGAGUACAACAGAGUCGUUGAUGAGGAAGAAACUCAUGAUGAAGAAUGGAUGGAAAACAAAGUGGAUAAAAAGUGUAAAACCGGAGGAAAAAAAUUACGAAGCCAAGAGCGGUUUGAGAAACGUUCGAAUACGAUCGAUGCCGAAGACGAAAUUUAUUAUUAUCAUCGUAAACGAGCCGAUAUCGGGAAAACUUUUGCCACGCCGAACAAGCAUCGAGACAACGAGGAUAUAAACGGAAACGACGAUGAUACCGCAACAAAUUUGGAAAUUUUAUCUGCCGGAGUUUAUAGGGAUAUGGCUGAUAAUUUUUCGGAUGGUACAUCAAGGUUCAUCACCCAAAAUUAUUAUAAUAAUGAGUACAGAAACGGCGGCGAGAAAGUUCUAAAGGGACGAAAAAAUGGUAGAAAAAAAAAGAUUGUCGAAAGAAGAGGAACGACGGCGACUCGACGAGACAACAUUAACGAAAGUAGCAUCGAUUCUCAAGAAUCCGGUGAAGCUAGAAAAGAUCUUAGACAUAAAAUAAACGGUAUAAUAGAGGCGAAUUAUUUGCAGGCUAAACGGGAAAAAAAUAAGGCCGUGCCUGCGGAAAACGGAAACGAGGAAGCAACGGUAGCGGCGGCGGCGGCGGCGGCGGCGCCAACGACGACCCAAGGACAAGAUUCCAAAAUUUCAUCAAAAAGUGUUAAUGAGCCAUCGACUCCGAUGACAACGAGCUUAAACGCGCCGACGAAAAAAUAUCGGUGUUUGAUGUGCGAGGCGAGUUUCAAGGGUAGCGGCGGUUUGAGAAAUCACUACAAGGUCGUUCACGCUGCCGGGCCGGUGUACAAAUGCGACGAGUGCGGCAAAGAAUUUCCCCUGAAGGAGCGUCUGAAGCUUCACGUGCGAACGCACACCGGUUUCAAGCCGUACAAGUGUCCCGACUGUCACAAGAGUUUCGCUCGGGGUGGUCAAUUGGUUCAGCAUCGCGGUACCCACAGCAAAGUAAAGCCUUAUCGUUGCAAUUUGUGCGCGGGAACAUUUACGUGCGCGGCCAAUUUAGCCCUUCACUUGAAACGUCACAACGGCCAAAAAGAUCACAAGUGCGAAAUUUGCGGACGCGGCUUCGUCAGGAAAGACGCUCUUAAGAAACAUCUCGAGUGCCUUCAUCGCGACGUUAAAUCCUUUCUCUGCGUAAUAUGCAACAAAACGUUCAAAGGACAUUUGCCUCAGCACAUGCGAACUCACGCUCAGGAUCGACCCCACGGAUGCGCCACGUGCGGCCAGAGAUUCGCCCAAAAGUCACAGCUCACGGUUCAUCAGAGAACCCACUCGGGUCAACGACCCUUCAGAUGCCUCGUUUGUUGGCAAGCUUUUGCCCACUCUACCGCCCUCAAACUUCACACGAGAAGGCACACCGGUGAGAGGCCUUUCAAGUGCGCCGAGUGCAAUGCCGGAUUUACCCAAUUGCCACACUGGAAAAAACACAUGAAGUGUAUACACGGCAGAAGCGAACCGUAUAGUUGUAAAAAUUGUAACAGUUACUUUCGGAUUAAAAACGAUCUUGAGAAUCACGAGAAGGCUUGUCAUUCCCAAGAGACUCGAUCCACCGUUUUGGGUCCGUCAAAACCACCGGCUAAAGAUACUCCGGCGGAUGAUAUCACGAUCACGGCAACGACGGCAACGACGACGACGACGACGAUGACGACGACGGUGACGACCACUACCACAGAAACUGCUAUUCGCGUCAGCAGCCUCGGCGAGAGCAACGGAUCGUCGUCGUUGUCGUCGUCGUCGUCGUCGUCGUCGUCGUCGUCGUCGUCGUCGUCGUCGUCGUCGUCAUCGUCAUCUUUAUCCCCGGAUACUCCCAAGUUUCGUACCAUGAGCGUGGAACGCAUGAGACUUCUCCUCGCGGUCUUGCUCAAGAGAAUUUCUCGGCCGGAGAGACUGGACGAACUUGGUUUUGGCAAGAGGCUCAUCGACGAGGUUCUUCAGGAUUCUCUUGUUUCCGCGGGCAAAGUACCCUCACGAAUCACUGGUGAGCUCGAUGAGCUCGAGAGCCUUCGCAAUAAUCUCCAAGUUUUUCUCGAGUGGACCGUACCGAAAGAGCACUGGAACAAUUUUCGUAAGAUCAACAAAACUCCCGAGGAUAUACUGGAGACUCUCACAGCCACGUAGAAUCCAUACUCCUCCCCCUCUCGCUAAGUAAUUAAUUAGCAAAAUAAUCUAUAAUAAAUGCUUUAUCAACCAAAGAAACCGCAAGUUGUUGCAACGCUCGUGAUUAACGAGCCCACCGCAUUAUCAAGAUACCCAAUUAGAUAGUUGAGGUGACAUUAUUGGCGCGGGACAAACGUUACCUAUUUUCCGUACGGUUUGAACGACACGCGUGGUCUCAACGAAACAGCUCUGUCGUAAACAACAACUUGCCGCGUGCUCGCUCACUUACCUUCCCCCCUCCCCAGUGUUCAAGUAUUUUUAGUUGCAUCAACCAACAUCGAGCUUUUAUUUGAUUGAUUGAUUUGCCAAAUGAAUUAAUAUAUAAGAGAGACACAAGCCAAAAAAAUUAAUUGCGUGAGAUUUAAAUUUUAACAUUGUUACUUGUGAAUUCAUUGAUACGUUAGUCCAAUUGUUGCAACAUUAUCACUUUUUUGUUUCAUCGUCAUUAUUCGCAUACAUAUAUAUUUAUAAAAUAUAUAGUUGAGCAUUUAUCAUAUAUUAAUACCUCUAUGAAAUUUCUAUGUUAAAAAUAUCGUCGUACUUUUGGUAUCGAGAGAUGUAAAAAAAUUAAAUGAAAUUCCCUUGCCAUCUUGUAUUAGGUAUAAGGAUCGAGAGCGGUGUUGUAGAGAUAACGGAGGCGAGGCGAGACACCGAUGCGGGGAAUAACAGUUAGAUAGGUCUCACUAAAUGUGAAAAGACAAUAAUUUGGGUGGACCCGAAAAAUACGGAUCCUAUACAUUAGAUUAUGUGGAACGCGUCGUUCAUCACACACCUCCUAGAAAUUAAUUGUGCGUGUGGGUGUGCGUGAGUUAUAUAUAUAUAUAUAUUUAUUCAAUCUUGGCUCGAUAGCAAAUAUUUAAAUACAUCAUUUCAUCCACACUGUCCGUUCGAACGGUCGCGAGCGGUUGCUCAUGCCAAUCGAAGAGAAUAAUCGUAUGGGUCGUUUUUUUUUUCGGCGGCGAAUGAGCGAGUAUAAAACAUUGACUGAUGAAAAUAUUGUAUCCGCGCACAGAGAUCAUUAUCGCGACCGUGUGCGUUGUCAUAUUAUUUUCGGUGAGUACAACUCCCGCCAAUUCGUCGAGAUUGCGAAAAAAGUAUCAUCGGGGGAGAGAGAGAGAGUGCUCAUUGGUUUUUAAAAUUUAUAUAUGAACGCGACAAGAAUCUCUCCGACCCGGGCAGGCGUUCUUCGAUGUAAAUUGAGGUCAGCCCGAGGGAUCGUUCAACGAGGAUAUAUCUGGGUCAACAUUUUCUUCGGCUCGACGCGCACAAAAGCACGGCCCGAACGAUACGUUCGAUAUGUUCUCGCUGAACGGCAAUGAAUGGUGUAUCAAUGAGUUCGCAGCGGUGCUCCUUGCCGCCGCCGCCGCCGCCGCCGCCGCCACCACCACCACCACCACCACCACCACCACCACCACCACCACCACCACCAUCAUCACCAUCACCAUCACCAUCACCACGUGUCGUCCCUAUCUACCAUAUUUUUUGAGAUUCGGACGAAACCCUUUUUUUCUUUACCAUGUUACCAUUUUUUUCUUGUCACAAGUGCCAUAUGUAUAUGUUGAAUAUUACCAGCUACGAUGAUGACUGUACGAGCAAAUUAUUCUUUACGAAUAAAGAAUGUUUCUCUUUUA